CACUAAACUACUGUACAUGUUCCUUACGAAACACUUCAAAAUUGAAAAAAAGCAAUAUGAAUGCAUUGUUUAGGAUACUUUUGUCAUCCAUUUUUUUAGUGCAAUUGACACACCUAGCAAAUGCUAAACCAAAACGGAAUAGAUGGAGUUUCAAGGUAGAUUUACCUAUGGAUAUACUAGCAACACAGGCAAGUUUGGAUGAACUGAAAGAGGAUAUCAGAAGUAAACUGAAUGACUUGGAAGCAGUGGUCAAUAAGCGUUGUGAAGCAAAAACUAUGAUGGAAAAAGAAAUUGUGAGGUUCACAUCUGAGAAUCCAAAGGCUGAUCACAUGUAUGGAAGUUUAAGUGGAGACUUGAUGAAGUCCACUAAAGGUCUAAUCGUCAUCCAAGAGAAUCUAGGUAUGACUAAUGAGAUAACUGACCGUGCUUUGAAGAUUGCUAAACUAGGUAACUUAGUGACACUUGCAGUGGAUCUCUAUAGAGGUGACAUAGCUCAGACUCAUGAUGAAGCUCGUGAACUAAGCGGAAUGCUCUCAUAUGAUGGAGCCAUGAAGGAUAUUGAGGGUGCGGCCAUGUACCUCAAGUCAAGGGGAAUCAAAAAGGUUGGUAUCACUGGAUUUUGCUUUGGAGGAAGAAUUACAUUAUCAGCAGCAGCAUUAAUCAAUCCUGAUUUGAUAUCAGCAGCUGCACCAUUUUAUGGGAUACCAGAUCCUGAGAUGUGUGGAUGCAACAUUAGCAACAUUGCUGUACCUGUGCAAGCUCAUUUUGGAAUGAAUGAUACUUCCCGAUCAGCCAAUCCAGUAGAGGCUGAGAAAUUGCGCAUUUUGUUGGAAAAUAUUGGUGAUAAAAAUGAGUUCUUCUUCUAUGAUAAUGCUGGUCAUGCAUUCAAUAGGGUUGAUGGUGAUCGCUAUAACAAGGACGCAGAUGAGCUAUCAUUGAAAAGAUUGGUGGAUUUCAUGAACAAACAUCUCAUGUGAAAAAUGCUUCAUUAAUAGUACAGUAUAUCAAACUGAAUAAAACUGAGAGUAAUUUACUUUCUUCAUAAUCAUAACACAUG